AUGAACUUCGGUCAAACAAACGAAUCUUAUUUUUAUUGGAAUGAAACAAACGUUUCCGUAUCACAGCGAGUGGCCCGCCCGCGCCAGUCCGAGAAAGUUGUUAAGAUUGGAGCCGCUCUGCCGGUAUCCAUAUAUAAACGGGUAAUCCCCUGGGCAAGAUACGCGACAUACGAACGAUGGGGAGUGAAGAGACGCUGUGGAGUGAGGAGGAGGCGACCCUGGGACCCUCUCCCUCCACCGCUAAUAACUCCCGACGGAUCACUCGCGCCACGGACCUCACAAGAUUGCUGCGAACCGUUUCAUGACAAUUUUAUAUCUUCAGAAUUUGAGGAGAAACUUGGUUUUGAGUAA